UGGUAGCCCAUGACACAGUUCAGAUCACAGAGGGGGAGGAGAAAGCUGGAAAACCCCAAAAGAAGCCCGAUUGGGAGUGGUGUGUGCGUGUGAAAGCCAGAUAUCUUAUACACAAAGACGAACACAAUCGACUGCAUAGCCUACUGUCAAAGUGACGCCCGAACAAUUUGUUGGAAGGUUACGUAAAAAGUAACGCUGUGACUGCAAGUUGGACUUUUCUUAUUUACUGCCUGCAGAGCUCAGCACAGCAUGUCAGGACAAGAUUACCCCUUUCCUAACCAGUCACCAUACCCCGUGCCUCAGCCAGGGGGUUACUCCAUGCCCCCAUACCCCAUGCCACAAGGGGGUUAUGGUGACCCCAGUCAGCCUCCACCUCCAGUUGGCUUCAAUAUGGGAUAUCAGCCUUCCCCAGGCCAGCCUGUGAUGUACCAGCCUUCUCCUGGCCAGCCUGUGAUGUACCAACCCAACCCAGUUAGCCCUGCCCACCAGCAAGUUCCUGUGCACGAAUAUGGGGGGAGCAAUGUGGGUGCCCCUGCAGCCAUCUCUCCAGCUCCACCUGCCUCUGUCCCUGUAGGGGUUCCACCUGGGCUGGAGUACCUUACACAGAUUGAUCAGAUCUUGAUACACCAGAAAGUAGAGUUGCUUGAAGCCUUCAUUGGUUUUGAGACCAACAACCAGUAUGAGAUCAAGAACAGCCUCGGCCAGAAGAUCUACAAGGCCAAAGAGAAAAAUGACUGCUGCACCCGCAACUGCUGUGGCUCGCUCCGCAGCUUUGAUAUGAAGAUCAAGGACAACACGGACAGGGAGGUCAUCCGCCUGGUGCGCCCCUUCCGCUGCGCCUCCUGCUGGUGCCCCUGCUGCCUGCAAGAGAUGGAAGUACAAGCUCCACCUGGCACCACAGUGGGCUAUGUGGUUCAGGACUGGCACCCCUGUGUCCCAAGAUUCUCCAUCAAGGGGGCAUCACGAGAGACCCUGAUGAAGCUGGAGGGGCCUUGCUUUGCAUGUAACUGCUGCGGCGAUGUUCACUUUGAGCUGAAAGGCAAAGAUGGGGGAAAGUCGAUUGGACGUAUCAGUAAGCAAUGGAGCGGUCUGCUGAAGGAGGUCUUCACUGACACAGACAACUUUGGAAUCCAAUUCCCAUUAGACAUGGAUGUGAAGAUGAAAGCCGUUCUCAUGGGCGCCUGCUUUCUCAUUGAUUUUAUGUUCUUCGAGAAAGUUGGGGACACAAACCAGCGCAACACAGUCUUCUCGUAAGAAGUGGAAGAAGGUCCGAAGGAGAGGGGGAGAGAGGGAAGGUGAAGAAAGAUGCACUAUCACUCAUGUCCAACAGCCUCUUCUAUUUUAAUAUUUUAUAUUGUUACUGCCAUUUGCUAAUUUGCCAAACCUUCCCUUUCCUGAUUUGAAAGAGAUGCUACCCGUUCCUGAUGCGAGCAGAUAACUGUCCAGGUCUCAAUCUCUGUGGAAAGCCUCCCCAUUUCCAGGUCACUGUUGAUUUUUUGGGCCAUUUGUGACUGCAGACAAAUGAUGCCUGCCUGUGUAUGGUUUAUUAAUGUUUGUGUCCAUCUACAAGUGUGUACAGGCAGCUUUAACUUUGUUACCAGUUACCCAGCAUGCUAUUUUGCCUAAUUCCUCCUGACAUAACCAAUGAUUAAUAACAUUACAGCAUUUCUUCAUAUGAUAUGUUUUCAUUGUGUUUGAUUUAUAUAUUUGAUAUUAUAGGAUAUGCACAAGUAACAUGUUACAGCAUACACCAAUUUUUAACAAGCCAUGGAUAAAUGAGACGUUUAGUCUUUUCUACUGCCAAGUCAAUAUGAUUGAUGUACAGUACAGCUUUUUCUGAUGCACUGACUUGCCUUAAUCAUUUUAGAUUAUAUACAUAGAACUUUAUUAGAUAGACCUGUAGACCAGCUUGUUAAUGCAAAUAUUUUAUCAGCCAAUCAUGUGGCAGCAACUAAAUGCAUAAAAGGAUGCAGACGUCAAGAGGUUCAGUUGUUUUUCAGACUGAAUGCCAGAAUGGGGAAGAAAUGUGAUCUAAGUGAUCUUCUGGGAUUUUCACACACAACAGUCUCCAGAGUUUGCAGAUAAUGGUGCGAAAAACAAAAAACAUCCAGUGAGCAGUAGUUGUGCAGGCCAAAAAAAGGGUUAAUGAGAGAGGUCAGAGGAGAAGGGCCAGAGUGGUCAAAGCUGAAAGAAAGGUUACAGUUAUGUAAAUAGCCACACAUUGGAACAGUGGUAUGCAGAAGAGCAUCAAUGAACACACAUUGCGUCAAAUCUCUGUGGAUAUGCAACAGCAGCAGAAGACCAAUCAGUCUAAAAAAUACAUCUAAUAAAGUGCUCAUUGAGUGUACAUUGGUGGUGUGAUGGGAAAACUCUAUCUCCAGUCUGGUUUUUUCUCAUCCAGCUCUACAUACUACCAGAAGGAUCAUUAACUCAAAAAUGACUAAAAUUGCUUAAAAACCCACUCAGAGAUACAAGGGUUUUCUGUGACAGACAUUUUUUGCAUUGUUUCUGUAAUACAAACUCAUUUUAAGCCCCUAUAGAUUCCUCUGCUAAUGUCCUUGAAUAAUUUGUGCAAGUUUAUUUGGAAAUAAAUCAUUUAAAAUUGACAUUGUAUGAUGAUGCAUAUUGAUACUUACUGUGUUUAUUCUCAAACAAGUGGCUGUGCUAUGAUGAAAUUAUUUAAUGCAGAUCUGGGUUGAAUGAUGGGUUGAACAGGUCAGAGUAUAAAAAGUCAAUGUUGUGCUUAAGGUGAAACUGGAUUUUGAUAGACUAGUAAUGUCUGUACUUAAAUGCUUCCUCAUUGUAAGAUCCUUAAAAAAGUGUGGCUUGUGUGUUUAAUGUUUGAACUAUGGGAGUGUCAGGCUGACCCAGCUUGUCCUUCCCUUGUCAAUGGGUGUGACCAGGUCCCUGGAACUGGCACUGGAAUAAUAAAACACAGAGGAAAGAAGUGCAGCGCUGACUCAUCUAUAGUCUGGAAAAUCAUAUAAUAAAUUCAGCUCAAGCAGAUGUGCAUAUGUGCUUCUCUUCCCUAAUGAAGGUAGAGUAGGGUUAUUUGACACCUUGUGCUUUCACUUGCCAGUGACACACCCAAAGCUACAUUGUUGCAAAACCACUUGCCUCCUUUGGUAUUUAGCCUUAUCUUGCAGUGAGUUGAAGAAAUGAAAGCUCUCCAAAAUCUACAACUACUUGAACUUCACCUUAAACCAAUGCUGCUGAAAGAUCGCUAAUUGUUCUAUACAGUGGACUUGUGAGUUUUACAUUUGAUGUCAGCUAACUUGCUCUGCACCAAAAGACCCAUUGUUUGUACAGAUUUUGUCUACAAAACCAAACCAACCUUUAGUAAGGCAAUUUUGCACAUUUAAUGUUUUUGGCAAGUUGUAUUUGUAUUUUUUUCCUAUUAAUUCCUUGAAAUAUUGUUUUUACACAAAUAAAAUAAACUGUACCUAAAAA